UCGACGCGUAUUGGCGUUUUGAGGAAACGUGUAGUUCAUUCCAAACCGUAGGCAACGUAACAAACAUUCAAUCGAACUGAACGCACCCAAGAUGAGGCUGGCGCACACCCCUGCCGCCCCGCCCUGAUGGCGCCUGGCGUUAAUUUAAGAACUGUCCUUGCAGUAAUGACGCAUUUACUGCAGACAAAUUCAUCAUGUCAACACGUGUCGAAACCGCAUUUCAAGGUCCAUUAAUGGAGCCGAGGGGUUGGUCAAUGCCUCUCUGGUCUGGCAUCCCAGAGCUGCCCCCUGGCUUCAGGUCCAGAGCAACUACUCAUUCAUGCAGCCCUGAACCUUGGCUUCUUCCAGGCUGUAGCUCUGUGUAUGACAGUCUGGUCAGUAAUGCAGCCCCAGCCAUGCCUCCCUCACCCAUGAAUGGUGAAAGGGGACCUACUAUGCAAAAGCCUCGCAGGUCAUCCAUCCUUGAGCGAUGUAUCCUAAGGAUGUCUACUGCCAGUGUUGCUGUUGGAACCGAGGACAUGGAUGGUAUCAGGAGGUCCCAGUCAGGGAUGCGGUGGGUCCCACGAAACCUGGAUCCAGCUCACACAGAAGGCAAUGAAUCGGUUCUGAAACGACGGCAGAAACAGAUUCAGUACGGCAAGAACACGUCUGGCUACCAGAAUUACCUGGAGCAAGUUCCCAAGCGUCUGAGAAUCCCUGGGCUGCACCCAUCCACUCCAAACAAAUAUAGAAAAUACAGCCGCCGAUCUUGGGACAUGCAGGUUCGUCUUUGGCGGAGAGCUCUGCAUGGGUGGGACCCUCCAUCUAAAGCGCAGAGAGAAGCCAAGGGACUGGAAGGACAGGACCCUGUUGACCAACUGAAGGGGUUGCUUGAGCAGAUGAAUUGCAAGCUAUAUGAAGACAGUGGUGUUAAAGAGGGGGCCAAAGGGAGAGGGGUGCCUUCAGAUUCAAAAGCCCCCUUCUCCCCUAAACCUGCUGGAAUGUCAUUCAACAGUCCCUGGAUGCUGCCCCAUGGAUCCCAGGUGGAUGUGUCUGGUCCUCAAGUCUCAUCCAAGCCAGGCUUGGGGUACUCCUUUAGCAGUGGCCUAACAGCUGAAGAGAAUGUUUUGGGGUGGCUGAGAUUUCUCCUGGAAACGGACCACGAUCAACAAGUGCCCAUGCAGGGAGACCGGCUACCGUGGAAACCAUACUGAUCAUGGCUGUCAGUCACAGUGGUAUAUCUCUGGGGUAUAUCCUAAUAGACUUGCAGGGGUACACUGGGUGUUGUGUUGACUGAAAGAAGUGAUUGCUGUAAAAUAUUGACCACACACUUUGUAAUGUCAGUUUGGGUCCCUUUUUACACACUUAUUGUUUGUAAUCAAACACACUUUUUAAGCAGUAUAUGCUUCACUAAUGGUGUACCUAGAUGUUUAUUUGGACCCACUAUUAUUCUUAACUUUUUUGCACCAUUUACUUGUCUGUCCCAAUUACAUUUUAUUUAUGUUAGGUUUUCUUCAUGGCCCAACCCUCUAACACCAACGUUUCUCUCUUCUCACCCUGCCAAUUCUGUUUUCUCUGUAAAGAGUAAAGAGGUCUUAAGCUUUAUGUUGCUUUUGGCCCACUAUCCACUUCACCAUGUUCACCAGUCUGUGACCCAACUGACUGUCAGGCUCUACUGCCUCAUGCACAAUCUCUCCUGCCUACCUCGGAUGUUUUUCUAAAAACAGAAUGUUGAUGCGAAAUAUGCUAUCACUUUGUUUUGUCGUUUUUUUAAAAUGAUUUUCUCAGUUGUCAUUUGUUACAACCUGAGUACUGAUGCAAAGCGAAAUUAAUAAAGAUGUGUUCAAAAUUGAA